AUGUACUGCGAUAGAUCGGGCAAUCGCCAGUUCUACGACAACCAAAACUACGAGUUGACCGAAGAUAUGCACCAGGACUGGCUCAACUUCACCAAAGAGUAUGAUGCAGCCGAAGUUCCUGAGAACAAUGAUGCUCUCGAGGUCGACUCUAAUGGUCACUACAACCAAGGCGGUGGUAUGAUCCAGUACUAUGUUCCUUUCUCCAGCACUUUCUGGGCCCGCUACCUCUAUCAUGUAGUGUUGCUUCAGAGACAGGCUACUGAACUCGAAAACCGUCCUCUGCAGCAAGAUGAGACUACAGAGGAUCGUCACAAUCAGCUCUCAAAGAAAUUCCUGGAGGUUUCUUCAGCUCUGGGCGAACUCACAGCUGUUCAAGAGAUCAUCGUAAGAACAGAGCUGGGCGAACCUCAAGUAGUCUUGACUGUCCACUUCUCAUUCUCACAUGCGGCGAACAAAGAGUCUGCAGUGACGACAUGGCAGUAUCUGGACAUGGUAAGUGCGUUCGACGACGCGAUUCCCUUGUCUGCAGGUGGCGUUAGUCAGAUCUCUCAGUCUGCUAGCGAUAGUCAGGAAACUGCUCUCAGCGUCCAAGACGCCUACGGUGGAGGAAGCCACGACUAUGCGGGCUUCGACUUAUCCGCCAUGAACGGAGGUCACCAUUAUCCCGACCCCUCUCAAAAAAGUGCGAAUGGACUGGCCUCACCCAUUAAUUUGCACGAUACACAGGCAACAGCGGGCUACAAUACUUCCUGGCUGCUGCCAACGUCAACUUCCGACCUCGAUCACCUUGCUUCCACCGUCCUCGACCCUCUCUUACCGCACACCAGUCAACCAAACCUUCAACAGCAUAGCUUGCACGAUGUCAACUCCUUCGACUUCAGCAAUGGCAACGUCUCCAUCUCCCUCGACAGCUCAGCUCUAUCACCCCAUCGACCGCUUCCCCAGUCCUCUGCCGCUUUCUCCUCUGCAAUCCAUACUCUAGAUCUCGACCUUGCGGCCACAGAUCCUCUCUUGUUACAACCGUCACGCACCACAACGCCCUGGCUACAAAGCUCCAACGCAACACCCACUGACUUCGCUGCCCUCUUCAGCCAACCAAACUCUCCCGCCACCGCCGCCUUCCCCGAUUACAGCAAUGGCAAUGGCGCAGAUUUGGCUGAUCACCUCACUGCCGCUGCUGGCGGCUUGACCGACACUUUCCACCUCAACUCUUUGUCAGACUCAUUUUCACUAUCUGUCCAUCAAGCCUUCGCUGGUGCUGGAAACGGGACUUCAGACAUCGAUGCCACAUCCCGUCAACACAGUUUUUCUGCUGUGCCUGAAGAUACGGAAACUACGCAAGUUACUCACUUUUCACCUCCCACGCAUCAAGGCUUUGGUUUUGCGAAAGCAGACUUUUCCCAACAUGAUGGGUUUGCGCUUCCUCAACAGCAUGAGUCAGCAAGACAAGACUCUUUUGCUAGCACUCAUACUAAUGCUUUUGGUGGUGGCACAGAUACUCAUGAUUUUGCGCAUUCGUUUGAUGUAGGGGGCGCUGAUACUGGGUUUGAUAUCAGUGAUUCGAGGGGCGGGUCGCAGAGUCAAUCUCAGAGUCAGAGUCAUAGGGAGACUUGGGGUGGUGCUAGAUUCUGA